GCAACAAAGAUAGAUAAAGCAAAGCGCUUUCGGCCGCCGGUAGUUGCCACUUGCCAGAGCUGCACCCACAGCCACACAAGAUUCUUCUUCUUCUUCUUAUUUUAAUUUUCUUUGUUUGUUUCAUUUUCAUCCAAAGUGAAAAGGUAGGUAGGUACCCCAUAUUCUCAAGGAAGUUGAACAAUCUAUAAUAAUUUCACCUUCCCAAUCUGCCCUUGGGUUUCCUCUAAAUUUUCACAUAAGCACGAACAAAUCAAUAUCAUAAUGCUGCGUAAACUGGUAGCAGUGCCAAGGAAGAAGAAAUCUGGCACCGUUCCGGUUCACCUAAACGUCUAUGAUCUCACCCCGAUUAAUGGGUAUGCAUAUUGGCUUGGCCUUGGAGUCUACCAUUCAGGGGUUCAAGUUCAUGGUAUUGAAUAUGGUUUUGGAGCGCAUGAACAUGACACGACGGGGAUUUUCGAAGUGCAACCUAGACACUGUCCAGGGUUCACUUUCAGAAAAUCAAUUUUCAUUGGAACAACAGAUCUGGGCCCUAAAGAUGUUCGGGCAUUUAUGGAGAAAAUAGCUCAAGAGUACUGUGGGAACACCUAUCAUCUCAUCUCCAAAAAUUGCAACCACUUCUGUAAUGAUGUUUGUCUCAAAUUAACCGGAAAGUCAAUCCCUCGUUGGGUUAAUCGACUUGCUCGACUUGGUCUUCUCUGCAACUGUGUUCUUCCCCCUGGCAUAAAUGACACAAAGAUUCAGCAAGUUACAUUAGAAAGGUUUCAGGAAGGAGAAAAGAGGAAAACGAGAAGUCAAUCCAGCAGGCACGAGGCUUCCUCCAAUCCUCCAUUGUCGUCUUGCCCUGGAGGUUCAGCAAUUAAAAGUAGUAGCCGAAGACAUUGCCUUCCUCAAUCUUCAUCUUUGAUUAAUGCUUCUUCAACCUCAACCUCAACCUUAACAGUAAAGUAAAGCUUUGAAAGGAGACUGGCUCUGAAAUAUAGGGCUUUAGAAUUAUGUAAGCAACCUAAGUUGAGCAGGGAAGGAAGUUGUUUAUUUGUUCCAUCUUUCUCUUUCAUAGUCUGGCAAUAGCUACUAUGGAAUGGUUGCUCUGUUUUAUCUGUUCUUAAAAUGCUUUCUUUCUUCAGUGAAUGGAAAGUUUCUUUAUUUCUAAACUUUUGGGGCUAUGUAUUCUUGAAUCUUGAUUAAUCUUACUUACAUUAGCUGAUGUAACAUAUUGUAAUAUGUUCGUUG